AUGGCGGCCACCACCACGAACCCCAAUGCUGAUCACAGCGACAUCGACGAGUCCGCGAUACCCGGCACCGUCCAUCUCGUCGAUUUGGAGCACACACUGGCCACGCGCCAUGCGAGGAACCAGGUGGAUAUUGUCCUGGUGCCGACCCCUUCCGCUGACCCCGACGACCCCCUGAACUGGAGCCCGGGACGAAAGUAUUUGGCUUUGGCAUGCGCUCUCCUAUACACUUGGUUCAACGGCAUGGCGCUCUCGGUGGUCUAUUCUGUGCUCGUGCCGCUAUCCGAAGCCCUCGACGUUACCGAGGCCGACUUGAACGCAGGAACCGGAUACAUGUUCCUUCUUCUCGGCUGGGGCCUCCUUUUCUGGCAACCCUUUGCGCUGCAGUACGGAAAACGCUUCAUCUACCUUUUCUCUCUGCUUGCACUUACGGCAGUCACCGUCUGGGGACCGUACGCUCACGGCAAGGGGCAGUGGAUCGCAAAGAGCGUCUUGACAGGGUUCUUUGCCGCGCCGAUUGAGGCGCUUCCGGAGACGAGCAUUGCCGACCUCUUCUUCGCCCAUGAGCGUGCCACGUACAUGGGAUGGUACGCCUUCACGCUCGCAGGGAGCAACUUCUUUGCACCCAUCAUUUGUGGGUUCAUUAAUGACAGCAUGGGCUACAAGUGGGUGUUCUACUUCCCUGCCAUCUUCUGCGGCGCGACGUGGAUAUUCCUCUUUUUCUUCAUGGAGGAAACCAACUAUGAUAGACGGACCGUUGGGGUGGUUUCGACAUCGCCGCCGUCAGGCGAAAAGGAGUACGGAGUGAAAUCAACUCCUGCUGCCGAUGCAAUCUUCAUAGCGACGAUUAAAGCCGAGUCUUCUGCCACCAGUACCAAGACCUUCUGGCAGAAACUGGCCGUUUUCGACAAGCCCCGGCCAUUUAUGAUGUAUUACAGAGCCUGGCAGUCUCUCAAGCUUCUUUCGUGGCCUGUCGUGUUCUACUCUGGGUUCAGCUACGGGACCUAUCUGAUCUACUUCAAUAUCCUCAAUGCGACGAGCUCGAUCAUCUUGGGUUCGCCACCAUAUAACUUCAGUGCCGCGAUGGUAGGAUUGAGCUAUAUAUCUUGCAUGAUUGGAGUAAUAGCAGCUUCUGCCUUGACUGGCGUCUUUUCAGACCGUUUCGUAAUCCGUCUCGCUCGCAAGAACAACGGUAUCUCCGAACCGGAACACCGUCUGUGGAUAUUUGCCGUAUCGGCAAUGGUCAUUCCUUCGUCACUGAUUCUCUGGGGCGUUGGAGCUGCUCACAAAGUACACUGGUUUGGCCUCGUCUUCGCCAUGGGCACGACUGCGUUUGCAAACACCAUGGGAAUUACUCUAUCUGUAUCCUAUCUUGUGGAUACCUACCGCGAUAUCUCGGGCGAUGCCUUGACGACAUGCAUCCUGAUACGAAACACAAUGAGUUUUGCCAUCGGAUACGGCAUCACGCCAUGGUUGAAGAAUUUGGGAUACCAGAAUUGUUUUAUAAGCGUGGCAUUUGUGGGGUUGGCCAUCUGCAGUGCAUUCUUGAUUAUGAUCAAGUGGGGUAAGAGGUUCAGAGAGAUGAAGAGGGUUGAGUAUUGGAGAGAGGUUGGGAAGAGGAUUGACAUGGGACUGGUUCACUGA